CAGGGAAGGAGGCGGGGGACAGGCAGGCGUGCUGGGCUGGCGCUAGACUGCCGAGUGGGGCUGGAGGGAGAAGCCAGCUGCUGAGGCCAGCUCCGCCCCACCUGUCCCUUUUCCAGGGUUAUUUAGUCCAGGGGCUUGUCCCCGCGGUGCCUGUGGCCUGACAGGCAGCAUCGAGAGGAAAGUGGCUGGUUUCUGAGCAUUCUUCCUCACCUGGCUUGGGCCCCUGCACAGCUGCGCCACGGGCUUGACCCCGCCCCCUGUGCCUUCUGCCUGGGACUCCCCACCCCUCUGGGGAAAUGCUGUCCCAUGGGUGGUUUCACCGAGACCUCAGUGGGCUGGAUGCGGAGACCCUGCUCAAGGGCCGAGGAGUCCACGGAAGCUUCCUGGCACGGCCCAGCCGCAAGAACCAGGGUGACUUCUCCCUCUCCGUCAGGGUCGGGGACCAGGUGACUCAUAUUCGGAUCCAGAACUCUGGGGACUUCUACGAUCUGUAUGGAGGGGAGAAGUUCGCGACGCUGACGGAGCUGGUGGAGUACUACACGCAGCAGCAGGGCGUUCUACAGGACCGAGACGGCACCAUCAUCCACCUCAAGUACCCGCUGAACUGCUCAGACCCCACCAGUGAGAGGUGGUACCAUGGCCACAUGUCUGGAGGGCAGGCAGAGACUUUGCUGCAGGCCAAGGGGGAGCCUUGGACAUUCCUUGUGCGUGAGAGCCUCAGCCAGCCUGGAGAUUUUGUGCUGUCCGUGCUCAGCGACCAGCCCAAGGCUGGCCCUGGCUCCCCGCUCAGAGUCACCCAUAUCAAAGUCAUGUGUGAGGGUGGACGCUACACAGUGGGGGGUUCGGAGACCUUCGACAGCCUCACCGACCUGGUGGAGCAUUUCAAGAGGACGGGGAUCGAGGAGGCCUCCGGCGCUUUCGUCUACCUGCGGCAGCCAUACUACGCCACAAGGGUGAACGCGGCUGAUAUUGAGAACCGGGUCUUGGAACUGAACAAGAAGCAGGAGUCAGAAGAGACAGCCAAGGCCGGCUUCUGGGAGGAGUUUGAGAGUCUGCAGAAGCAAGAGGUGAAAAACUUGCACCAGCGGCUGGAAGGGCAGCGGCCAGAAAACAAGAGCAAGAACCGUUACAAGAACAUCCUUCCGUUUGACCACAGUCGAGUGGUCCUGCAGGGACGCGACAGUAACAUCCCUGGGUCUGACUACAUUAAUGCCAACUACGUGAAGAACCAGCUGCUAGGUCCUGAUGAGAACGCUAAGACCUACAUCGCCAGCCAGGGCUGCCUGGAGGCCACGGUCAACGACUUCUGGCAGAUGGUGUGGCAGGAGAACACCUGCGUCAUUGUCAUGACCACCCGGGAGGUGGAGAAGGGCCGGAACAAAUGUGUUCCAUACUGGCCAGAAGUGGGUAGUCAGCGUGUUUAUGGACCCUAUACUGUAACCAAUUGUGGGGAACACGACACAGCUGAGUACAAACUCCGAAACUUACAGGUCUCCCCACUGGAAAAUGGGAACCUGAUUCGGGAGAUUUGGCACUACCAGUAUCUGAGCUGGCCUGAUCAUGGGGUCCCCAGCGAGCCUGGGGGUGUUCUCAGCUUCCUGGACCAGAUCAACCAGCGGCAGGAGAGUCUGCCUCAUGCAGGGCCCAUCAUCGUGCACUGCAGCGCCGGCAUCGGCCGCACGGGCACCAUCAUUGUCAUCGACAUGCUCAUGGAGAGCAUCUCCACCAAGGGCCUGGACUGUGACAUCGACAUCCAGAAGACCAUCCAGAUGGUGCGGGCCCAGCGCUCGGGCAUGGUGCAGACGGAGGCACAGUACAAGUUCAUCUACGUGGCCAUCGCCCAGUUCAUCGAGACCACCAAGAAGAAGUUGGAGGUCAUGCAGUCCCAGAAGGGCCGGGAAUCGGAAUACGGGAACAUCACCUACCCGCCAGCCAUGAAGAACGCCCACGCCAAGGCCUCCCGCACCUCCUCUAAACACAAGGAGGAUGUGUAUGAGAAUGUGCACAGUAAGAACAAGAAGGAGGAGAAGGUGAAGAAACAGCGGUCAGCGGACAAGGAGAAGAACAAGGGCUCCCUGAAGAGGAAGUGAGCCGGCCUGUCCUGGGGCGGCCAUGCCUCAGCCCCGUCUCUUCAGAGGCCUCCAGUGGAUGACCCACAGCCUGAACCUUGGAGCAACACCCUCCCCAUUCUAUUGUAAUUUAAAAGACCGUGUCCCCACCUCCCUCUCCUGGGAUCCUGUAUAUAGCCCAGCAAGGCCCCAGGUGGGGCAGGCUGGUCUCCUCGUGUAAAUAAAGCCUCUAGGUCACUGUG